CCAAAGUGCAUGUCACCAGAGCCAGCUGAUGGAAGAGCAGUCCAUAGGGUCAGGAAGAUCAGGCCAUAAAUUCACACCAACUAUUUUUUAAGUAAAAGAAUUGGAGGUUGAGUUCAUCAGCAAUUCCAUUAUGGUCCUGAAUGAGCCUUUUCACAAACACCUUCCUGCUCUGCACCUCCCAAAGGCUAUCAGCCAGCAUUCAGUACAGCAGCGAAUUUUUGUGUUCUUUGUUUUACCCAGGCAUUUUAAAAUCCGGAAGUGACUCAUGGACCAGAAGAAGCAAAAAACAGAACGAGGGUUAGACCAUGGCACCUUGCAAAUCAGGAUAAAUAAUGAGGUAACUGUCUUCCCUAGCACGAAGCAGGAGACCAAGAACCGUCUGGCACCCUUCACUAACAGCCGCAAGAAACACCUUAGCAAGAAUCAAAAAGAGGAGAAAAGGGCCUUACAAGAAGAGAUCAAGGUCUUCUGGGAGGAGAACCAAGAUUUCCAUGAACAGAUCAAGGUAUUUCAAGAAGAGAAGAAAGCCAAGGCUUUGAGAUUGGAGAUCAAGGCCUUUCGAGAAAAGAACAGGAACUUUGUGGAAGAAAUCAAGGCAUUUCUGGAGGAAAACAAGGCCUUCUUGGAAAAGAUCAAGGCCUUCCAACUGAAAAAGAAAGCUUUCCAGGAACAGGUUAAUACUAUUCAAGAAAAGAUUGACACCUUCCAAGAGAUGAUCAAGGUCUCUGAAGAGGAGAUUGUAGCCUUUGAGGAAAGGAAUGAGGCUUUCCGGGAAACAAUCAGAGAUUUCCAGAGAAAAAACAAGGUCUUUCAAGAAAAAAAUAAGGCUCUGCGUGAGAAAAACAAAGCCUUUCAAGAAAAGAAUGAAGUUGCCCAGGAGAAGAACAAUACUUUCUGGAAGGAAUACAAAGUUUUCUGGAAAAAGGACAAGGUCUUCUGGGAGGAGGAUAUUGCCAUCUCAAGGGAUAAAAUGGCCCUCUGGGAAGAGUACAUGGCUUUCAGGGAGAAUGAUCAGGAGCUACAAGAGGGAAAAGGAGCUCUUUGGGACAUGGUAGAAGUCCUUUGGGAUGAGAAAUAUGCCCUAUGGAAGAAGGUACACAACCCUCCAGGAGAACAAGACCUAGCUGAAGCUUCAGAGAACAAUGCAGAUGGUGAUCAUGGCCCAGCUGUACAUACUAUGACAAAGGCACCAGAGGGAGCAAGGCAGGACUAGAGGAGUUCCUUGCUGCCAAGCCUUGGGUUCUCUCAUGUGCUGAAACACAUACAUAUUUGAUCCUGUGACCCCAGAAGCUUAAUAAAGUCCUGAUGGAGCUUUAGAAA